AUGGCCACUCAAUCACCCAAAGAAAAAGCGGAAUACCUAGUCAGUUCACUCGAACAGCACGGCCAAGGUGACUACAUAGGCGAAUCAAUCAGCCAACUAGAACACUGUCUCCAAGCAGCCCACAAUGCACAGAAAUCCGGGGCAAGAAAUGAGCUCAUCAUCGCAGCUCUCCUCCACGACAUCGGCCAAAUCAUUCCCCUUGAAUCCACCAAAGAGGUACGGAUGAAUCUAAAGAACAGCGCUGAAAACGUCGGUCGCGUAGGCCAUGAGAGAAUCGGGUCAGAAUUCUUGCGCUCCCUGGGAUUUAACCCGAGUGUAUGUCAAUACCUCACGGCGGUCAAUGGGUCGUAUUAUGAUUCCCUAUCAUCGGCUUCUAAGAAAUCGCUCGAGUUUCAGGGGGGGCCAUUUAAGGGAGCAGAGCUCGCCACUUUUGACCAGGAUCCGCUGCGUGAUGACAUGGUCGCACUGCGGCUUUGGGACGAUGCUGCUAAGGUCCCAGGAAUUAAGGAUUCCACGCCUCGUGCACGGGAAUAUUUGAGUUUGAUAACGGCGCAUUUGGAGGAACAAGUGGUAGCGUAG